AUGAUAGAGUUGUUUACACCAGAGCAGGUUCGUGAGCAUAUAACAGGUCUCAGGCAGUGGGUUGGCCAGAGCAAAGCAAAAGUAGAGAAGAAUCAAGCUCUGGAACACUCGAUGAGUGAGAACUCGUGUCAACUAUGUGCAGUUGAAAAGCUCAGUUUUGAACCCCUGCCUAUAUAUUGCACACCUUGUGGUGCUCGCAUCAAGAGAAAUGCUAUGUUCUACACUGUUGGAACUGGUGAUACCCGACACUACUUUUGCAUUUCAUGCUAUAACGAUUCCCGUGGAGACAUUAUCAAUGUUGAUGGAACUAAUGUUUUGAAAGCUAGAUUUGAGAAAAAGAAAAAUAAUGAGGAGACUGAAGAAUGGUGGGUUCAAUGUGACAGGUGUGAAGCCUGGCAGCAUCAAAUAUGUGCGCUAUUUAAUGGUCGAAGAAAUGAUGGGGGGCAAGCAAAUUAUACUUGUCCAAAUUGUUAUAUGGAAGAAGUUGAAAGAGGAGAGUGGAUGCCUCUACCACAGAGUGCUGUGCUUGGAGCAAAAGAUUUACCAAAAACAGAAACCAUACUCAGUGAUCACAUAGAGAGCAGGUUGUUUGGAAAACUGAAGCAGGAGAGACUAGAGUGCGCAAGGUUCUAUGGGAAAACUUAUGAUGAGGUUCUUGGAGCAGAAGCACUUGUUGUCAGAGUGGUCUCUUCUGUGGACAAGAAGUUGGAAGUCAAGCAACGAUUUCUUGAGAUCUUUCAAGAGGAAAAUUACCCUGUGGAGUUUGGGUAUAAGUCUAAGGUAGUUUUGUUGUUUCAGAAAAUUGAAGGUGUAGAAGUGUGUCUAUUUGGUAUGUAUGUUCAAGAAUUUGGAGCAGAGUGUCUGCAGCCAAACCAUCGGCGUGUUUAUCUUUCUUAUCUGGAUUCAGUCAAGUACUUCAGGCCUGAGAUUAAGGCUGUGACAGGGGAGGCUCUUCGUACAUCACUUGUUGAGGAUGCAUUGACUCAAUCAAACUUUGAGAAUAAUAGCUCAAAAGCUCGUGAUUCUCUAAAAGGGGUAGGGCAGGGCGUGUGCAACCAGGGGAAUGUUUCCAGAUCCAUUAGCUUUGGGAAGUUGGAAGUAUUGGAGAGUUUUUAUCAGCUGCUUUGCAGCCUCCAGAGCCAUAAGCUGUCCAAAAUACUUCCAUUGGAUCCGAAAUUAGGGAAAAUGCUGAUAAUGGGUGCUUUUUUUCGUUGCUUUGAUCCUAUUCUUACAAUUGUUGCUGGACUUAGUGCCAGGGAUCCUUUUCUUUUGCCUCAAGAGAAGAAAGACGUGAGCAAUCCAGCUACUUUCACACAAGGGCAUUUUGCAUAG